UAUUGACAACGAUCUUUGAUAUCGACAAAUGGACAAAAAAGACCAACGUAAAAAAGAUGGACCACGAACAAAACCAUCACCAAAAACACCGUUGAUCAAAAAUCAAAAAUUACGAUCAAAAUCAUCUUCCAAUUUACAUGCAAAUGAAAAAAAACGAUCAUCCAAAAGUAGUGACCUUCACAUUAAACAGAAAACACCAGCAAGUGCACCUACGAAAAAAAGUAAUAGUCGAUCGGAAUCACCCAAAUUAACCGAAUCAAUGAAAGAAAUGACCAAAGUAUUACAACAUUGCCCACUAAGUAAUUCGGAAGAAAUGAAACGAUUACGUUCGAUUGAAAAAUUAGCCAAUAGAACUAGUUCAUCAUCGUUACGUAAUAAAGAACAACGAACAGCAUCAAAUAGUAAACAACCAGCACAACCACGUAAACCAUCAAGUGAUCAAAAUAUUAAUCUUUGUGAACGUGAAGAAUCGACAGCUUGUCAAUUAAGCCGUUCAAAAAUGGAAUUAAUACGUAAAAUGGAUGGAUUUCAACCAAAAACAACAAGUAAUACAAAUAAUCGAAAACGAGUUCGUUUACCUAAAAAUGAACAACAUUUAUUAAAUCCUGGACCGGGCAUUUUGGAACGUGCACAAAAAGCCGAACAUACAUUAUUUGGUCUAAAAGUAGUACGAGAAACAAUGACAAAAAUUUUAACACAAAGUAAACAGGAACAAAUACGUAAAAAUCCUCGAACAUUGGAAAAAUAUCGUAUUCUAUUAUCUGAACCAUUCAAUCAGAUGUCAAUCAUAUUGGAUCAUUUAGGAUUGACUGGUGCUUUUGGUAUCACUAAAGAACAUUUAGAAUUGUUUCAAAAAUAUCCAGUUCGUUGUUUUAUUAAUGUUACCUAUGAAUUACCAUUAUUUCAACCGACUGAAUGUGAAUCAUUUCGUGUACCAGUUGCCGAUGAUAAAGAUGAAGAUCUUAGUCGCUAUUUUGAUGAUGUUACGGAUAAAAUUGAACAAAUUCAUCAUCGAAAUCAAGCAACUAUUGUACAUUGUAUGGCCGGUGUAUCACGAUCAGCAUCAUUUGUAAUAGCAUAUCUGAUACGUUAUCAACGAAUGUCAAUGAAAGAAGCAUUUGAACAUGCAAAACGAGCACGUUCCUGUAUUAAUCCAAAUAUUUCAUUUCUUGGACAAUUAGUUGAAUUUGAAAGAAAAUGUCGUGAUCAUAAUAAUAAUAAUUAUCGUAGUAAAUCGAUGACAAAAAUGGUUAAACAUUCAAUGAAUGGUAUUGAUAAAGAAUUGCCCGAUUUUAUUGUCGAGAGCUAUCUAGAUGAAUACUUACAUGAAUUUGAAUUAGAUUGAAAAAAAUUAACAAUAAUAAUUCAUUCACACACACACAAUACA